GUACAUUGUAGUUCGCUAGAAGUAAUAGUGUUCUGUGUUGUAGGUACAUGUGGUUCGAGCAUUGAGGACUGAGGUUUCAUCGGAAAUUCUCUUCAACUUGCAAUUAGCUUUCCCACUUAAAAUUCAGAAAAAAUAUUGCUUAGCAGCAAAAGAAUAACGGGUCAAACUAUUUUAUAACGAUAAAGUUUUCACGUUUUGCUUCCAGUAUUCAACCAUGACUGAAGAAAAAGAAAUACCGACUGAAAAUAAUGGACAAGAAAAUAAUCCGAGCGAGGGAAGUGAAGAGAUUACAGAUCUUGAACAUUCUAUAAUUCGUCAAGUGGAAUAUUACUUUGGUGAUUCAAAUUUGCCAAGAGAUAAGUUUCUUCGAGAUCAAGUACAGCUUGAUGAUGGAUGGAUACCCUUAGAAAUUCUCCUCAAGUUCAAUCGUCUGGCUAAGCUGUCUAAUGAUCAUGACAUAAUAGUUAAUGCCCUUGGUAAAUCAAGAUCCGGUCUGUUGGAGAUUUCAGAUGACAACAAAAAAAUCCGUAGAAACCCUGAAUUGCCAGUGCCAGAGAUGAAUGAAGAACGAAGAAAGGAUUUGACUGCUCGCACUAUCUAUGCCAAGGGAUUUCCAAAAGAUGCUGUUCUGGAUGAUAUACUAAAGUACCUAAAACAAUUUGAAGAAAUUGAGAAUGUUAUCAUGAGAAAAUAUCAAGACAGACAGACCAAAAAUAAAAUUUUCAAAGGAUCUAUUUUCAUUACCUUCAAGACUAAAGAACAUGCUACAAAAUUAAUUGAGAGUAAGGGCUUGAAGUACAAUGACACAGAGUUAUUAAUACUUUGGCAAGAUAAUUAUUUACAGCAGAAACAAGAAGAGUAUGCUGCUCAUAAAGAAAAGAAACAGAAAAAAACACAAAAAGGGGAGGAGAAGGGUGAAAAGGAUGAUUUCAAACUACCCACUGGCACAGUGUUGUUCUUUAAUGAAGGUAGUGACAACCUCACCCGAGAGAAAAUAAAAGAUGCACUAACGGCACUAGGUGGUGAAGUAGCAUAUAUUGAUUUUAACCAAGGUGAUACCCAAGGUUGGGUGCGAUUCAGCAAAGAAAAUGCAGCGAAGGAGCUCUCAGAAAAAUUCACAGAUGGAAAAGUCAAAAUAGAUGAGAAAGAAAUCCCAUUCAAGUUGCUUGAAGGUGAUGAAGAGACAGCAUAUUUAGAAAAAACUGUUGAAGAAAUGGCCAAACGCCGUAAGAACAUGAAAAACUUUAAGAAUAGAGGAAAUAACAGGGGAAAGAACUUUAGAGGAAAGGGUAGGAAACGGAGGCAAGACGACAACGGUGGCGGCCCUCCGUCUAAAGUUAAAGCUGAUAGUUAAAUAUAAUAAAAACCUUUGAAAUAUAUUUUUUAGUGGUGCUUACCUAUAAGAAUACUGUUUGUGUACAUUUUAAAUUUGAAAUUUAAAAUAUAACACUUUAUUCAACAUUAAAGUUUAACUUUCUAUGUUAUAUCUAUAAUAGAAUAGGUCUGUAUUAUUACUAGUACUAUUGAAAUGGCUCGUACAUAAACUCAUAAACGCGUUGCCGCGAUUUCUGAAGUAUUUAGUAUUUAGAUUAGCAUUGCUAGCAAGUCCUAUUAGUGUUUAAUAAAGUAGUAAAAGAACUUUUUACCAAAUCGAAACAAUUUUAAGUUCAGGUUGAAAAAUAGAUUUUUGUAUCUUGCUGUUAAAAUAUAAGGUUUUUUAUUCCAUGUAAAAUA